AUGCCGAAACCAAAAGUAUUGACCACAAAGAACAAGAAGACCAGAAAGUUGCGUGGUCAUGUCAGCCACGGACAUGGUCGCAUAGGUAAACAUCGAAAGCAUCCAGGUGGUCGUGGUAAUGCUGGUGGUCAGCAUCAUCACAGAAUUAAUUUUGAUAAAUACCAUCCAGGUUAUUUUGGAAAGGUUGGUAUGAGAUACUUCCACAAGACCAACAAUAAGUUUUACUGUCCAACAAUGAAUGUUGAUAAAAUUUGGUCACUUGUAACUGAGCAGACAAGAGAAAAAUAUGCCAAGGAACCAAGCAAAGCUCCUGUCAUUGACUGUGUCAGAGCAGGCUAUUUCAAGGUUCUAGGAAAAGGACAUUUGCCCAAGCAGCCAUGUAUUGUGAAGGCUAAAUUUUUCAGUCAGUUGGCCCAGAAGAAAAUUCGACAAGCUGGUGGAGCCUGCGUUUUGGUGGCUUAAAUUGUAUAUACUGACAAAUAAAGAGAAAAAACCCUA